AUGUAUUUGAAUUAUGAAUAUGAUAUUAAAACAUUUUAGUAUCUAAGUGAUUCUGCUAUUUUAAAGGAUAUUGAGAUAUUUGAUUGUGUAGACACUAAAUUUUCUUUUAAAACUAAUAACUUUGAAGUUUCUCAAAUAAAUAUUGAUCUUCUCUAAGUUUCAUAAACUGUUUUCACUAUUCAAGCUAAUUAAAUUAAUAUUGCUGAUUUAAAUAUUUAGAAUAUAAAAUAUUUGUUUUCGAAAUUAGAUAUUAGUUUUAUAAAUAUAAUAAGUUUUAAUAAUUCAUAAAUAGAAAAUAUCAAUUAAAAUAACAAUUAAAUUUAGUUCCUUUCUAUGAAUCAAUAAAACAGUGAAGGAUAUGCUCUUAUUUCUAAAGCAAAAUUUAUGAAUUCUUCUAUUCUUAAUGAUAAUCCCUUAAUCCAUUUAAAUUAAUUGUCUAAUAUUGAAUUAAAAAAUUUACUAAUAAAAGAUGUAGUUAAUGUAAAUAGCUAAUAUUAUUCUAUAUUUACGAUAUAAGAUUGCUAAACAGUUACUAUUACAGAGAGUCAUUUUACAAACAAUACAAACAUUAAUGGUCCUGGAGGUGUUAUUCACGUACUUGAUAACAUAGAAAUAAUAAUAUAAAAUUCUAUUUUUUAGCUUAAUACUUGUAAGUUAAAAAAUGGUGGAGCUAUUUAUAUGACUAAUACUAUUAAAAAAGGAGUUUUAAAAAUAAAUUAAACUUAAUUAAUAGAAAAUAAAUCAGAAUAUUCUUCAGGUGGUUCAAUUUAUCUCUAAAAUAGUAAUUUGAUCAUGUAAAAUUCAGUUAUUGCUUCAAAUUAAGCAUAAAUUGGUGGAGGAAUAUUUUAUGAUGUGGUUAUGCCAGAUUUUUUAAUUGAUCUGUAAUAAGGCAAUAAAAAUAAUAAUACUUUUAAAGAUAAUCUAGCAAAUAUUUACGGAUAGAAUUUUGGUUCUACUUUAAGGAGUGUAUUUGUUAAUUUAGAAAACAUAAAAAUUCCCAAAAACAGUGUAAAGCUUUAUGAAAAUAAAGUUAUAUUUAUUAAAAAAAUUAAAAGUGGAGAUUCAAUAAAUUUUGAACAAAUACAAUUGCUUGAUGAAGAAAAUAAUCCAAUUAGAUUUAUAGAUGUUAACUCAACUAAUUUUUAAUUAUUAAGUAGUGAUGUUUAAAAUUUAGUCCAACAAAUAAGUGUUUCUGUUUAAUGGAAUUAAGAAAACAAAUAAAUACAAUGCAUUGGAUAACUUUAAUCAAAAUAAUUUACAAAUGGGGGCUUUAAUUUAGAUUUUCAGAUUUUUUACAAGCCUAUUUCUGAGUUAGUACUAAAAAUUGUUAGCAAUUCAUUUCCUUCACUAACAGAUUAAAAAGGAAAUAUUAUGGUAAACUCAGGUUAAAUAGAAUUAUAAUUGAAUAUACAAUUAGAUUAGUGCUCAAUAGGAGAAAUAUUUAAAUCAUAUGGUGACUCAAUAGCUUGUGAAUUAUGCCCUGAUGGUAAAUAUUCUUUAAGUUUAAAUGAUCAAGAGUGUAGACAAUGCCCUGAUUCAGCUGUAAAAUGUAUAGGUUCUAAUAUCUAAUUAAAAAAUAGUUAUUGGAGAGAAGAUGAAAAUACUGACAAUAUUAUUUACUGCAGUUUUAACCCUCUACCAUGCUAACCUGAGCUUUCUUCUUCUAAAUUUUACUGCAUUGAAGGAUAUAAAGGUCCUCUAUGCUAUUAGUGUGAUACAUACGGUGAUAUUUGGGGAAGUAGAUAUUCUGAAAUUUAUAGUCAUGGAAAAUGUUAUAAAUGCGAAGAAAAUGUUUAUAAAAUUCUUCUCUAUAAUUUAUUUGCAUACUUAAUGAUUUCUCUUUACAUAUUUAUAAUUCUAAGAAGAAUUAUAAUGUAGCUAGAAGUUAAAGUUAAAGGAUAUUAUUUAAAUAAACUAGAAAUUAUUUUUUUAGGAUCAACAUUAAACUAAUCAGACAGAUCAUAAAUUAUUUCAAAAAUCCUCACCGAUCAUUUAUAAAUAUUAUCAUUAGUAUGCACAUUUACUACUGAAAUGCCUGUUUUUUUUACUGUUCCUAUUUAACUAUCAGGAAAUUCAGUUAGUGUGGCUAGUAAGUCUAUUGAUUGCAUUUUUUCUAAACACCCAAAUUUACAACCUUUGUGGUUAUUCUAAUUUCUUUGGUCAUUUACUUUACCAGCAGGAAUCUUUAUUUUUUACUUAGUUUAAGCAUUUAUUUUAAAGCGAUUAAAAAUAGAUUUAUUUAUCAGGUAUUUAUAAACUGCAGCUAUUUUUAUUUAUUUUUACUUUUACCCUAUGAUAAUUACUCUUGCUAUUAGAUCUAUUAAUUGUAUAAUGAUAGGAGAUAAAAAAUAUUUAGAUCUAGAUUUUGGAGUUGAAUGCUAUGAUAAACAUUAUCAUAAGCCGUACAUAUUUUUUUUUACUAUUCCUGUUAUUUUUAUAUGGUGUAUUUUAAUACCUUUAUUACUAUUCUAUAAAAUUUAUGAUGCUAAAUCGAAAAAAAAGUCAAUUAUUAAAUAAAUAAAAUAUUCUUUCUUAUUUGCUGGCUAUAAAAAACAAUACUAUUACUGGGAGUUUUGGAAAUUGUCUUAUAAAACAAGUUUGAUUUUAAUAUCUGUUUUAUUGCAACAAAAAAUCUAAUUAAAGUUUACAGCAAAUAUCUACUCUAAUAUUAGCAAUAUCAAUAAACUUUUGUAUGAUACAGAUAGUAGGAUUGGUAAGACUAAAAAUUUCUAAUCAAUAAGAGACUUUGAUUCUUCACCCUCUUCACCGUAAGCGCGUUUAAUAAUUUCAUCUGAAAUAAAUGAUGAAAAAGUAUAAAAAAAUAACUCUAUUAAAAGAAUGAAAAAUAAAUGGUCUUACUACACAAGAAAUUCUAAAUCAAACUCAAUAUCUUUAAAAGAUAGAAUAUUCGAUAAGCAAAGCUUAUUUAAUAGCAAUACAAAGGAUAGUAUUAUUUAAGAAACUGAAAGGUCCAUAUAAAAUACUCAAUAAAGUAGUAGUCAUAGAUUUUAAAUUCAGCUCACUCUAGAUAAAAGUUGA